UUUGAAGUUUGAAAGUGUUUUUUUUUAAUGAUUAUAAAUAGAAAAGAAAGAUGUCUGUCUAUAAAUAGUUACAUUUGUAAGAGGAUUAUUUAAGAACUAAAAUGUGUUAUAGGCUGUUAUGAGAUUACAAUUGCAGGAAGUAGGCUCUCUAUAUUACAAGAGCAUGUUAAGAAGAUCUAUAACCUACUCAUAGACGUAUAGGAAGUUAUUUAAGAGUGUUAUGAUCAAAGCAAAGUCUCAAAGUAAAACAGUCUUCUUGUUUAAUGUGUAGUUCCAAUAUCUUAUGCUCUAUUUAUGCUUACAUUAAGGCCAUACACACUACUAACAGAUAGUAACACGAGUCGUUAUGCCACUGAUGUGUAAAAGAGAGUGGGCAUGACUGAAGCCUUUGUGUAAUCGAGUGCAGGCCUAUCUUGACUUAGAUGUAACUGGAGUCCUUGACAAGCCAGCAGUGUCAACGCUAAACACAAAGAAUAAUGCUUGUGUCCGUCUUGGUUUACUUGUUUUUUCACAUCCUUUUAUCUGGGGCGACAAAAAACAGAACCUGUUGGCUGGAAGCUAGCGGUGACUUCAGGGAUGAAAUAGCCAAACAUAUAAAACGAAGCGCAAAGCUCAUUUAUAUUGACUUUGCGCUUCCGGGUCAUCCUCCUGACAUGCUGGAUAUCGUCUGUAAACAUGUGAACAAUCCCUACCGGUGGAUCAGAACUACCAGCAGACAUGGUAGAUCUUUGUUAAUGCUAGAUGAGAAUUAUAAGUACAUGUCUCUGUCCACCUUGACCAUUGGUGUCGAGUCAAUGUCCAUCAAUUUAACAGAUCAUCCAGCCCGAUGUCUCAGAGGGAAAGACGAAGAGGAGGUCUUGAAGAUCAUCAGAGAAUCUUUUCUCGGAGAGUUAGUGGCACCAGACGUGAGCUCAAUGUCCCCACUGGGUAACGAUGACCACAUUUGUAACAUGCAGGUUCUGGAAGACCAUGGCCACGCCUUGUUUAGAUACAGAUGCUGCCGGAAACACCAAGAUGGAGACAUCACGUGUGAAGAUAUGCAGAAAGAUGAAUGGGUGCAGUUCCUGUUGGCUCUUAUCAUUAUAAUCAAAGUUUUAGUUAUUUUGUGGAGUCCAAUGUUCUUACCUGAAACAUUAUAUAGAGAGAAAUACGUGGCUGCUCCGUAUAUCUUUCAUGUUCCUGGACCAGCUCUUAGCUUAAAGAUUGUGGUCACUCAGAAGCCAGACCAGUUUGGAGUCAAAAAUACCCAGAAAAGGAUUCGACUGUCAGACCUGAGAAACAUGCAGACCUUUAAAACUAUGAUCGCCAAUACCCGAUGGGAGCACGAUAGAGUCUAUGAGGUGAAAGUCCCAGAUAUCAGGCUGUCAGUAAAGUCCAGGAGACUUCUGGGUCAGAAUAAUGUUCCAAUCACCAUCUUUAAACUGUUCUACAACAGUUUGAUUCGUUGUCGUAUCCGACAUCUGGAGCCACUAAAAGAAUGCUGCAACACAAACAUACUGGGGCGGUUGAAUCCUGGAGCUAACAUUAUCACGUGGUACAGAUGUAUGAAGAUUUUUGCUUCGUUUGUGAUUUUAGCAUUAGUUGCUGUACCCUGGUUUAUUCGUAUGGCAUUUUACUUUGUAUUUGAAAAAUCUGUCGUAGAGAGUAAGUUAAAUUCAGCUCAAAGACUUGGGCUCGAACCCCACUACUUGGGCAACAUUGUAUUGUAUCUGUCACCUUUUCACGGACUCUUUAUUGUCAUCUAUGUCAUCUUCAUACUGGACUCCUUAUUUCUGGGAAUCGUCAGUACAGCGAUGAAAGACAAACUCAAGACCGUCUUUAGGCAAUGUUUACGUGAUAUGAAAGAGAGGCCCAAGCUGGUUGUGGUUGGCUGGCUAACUCAGCUGAUCGUAAAACCUUUCACUUACUUUGGAGUUGUUGGAUUCAUCUUUUUCAUUCCCUAUCUCUUGAUACUUCUGGUGAUAGCCCUACCCAUCAGUGCCUUCUACGUCUUCCCGACGCUCAACCUCAGUAUCAGGCUCAUCAUUCAGUUCUUCAUCUUCCUCUGCCCUUCUGGGUUUGUCCAGAGAUGCAAAGCUCGAAUGCCCAAGUUACUCCCCGUGAGGCAAGGGCUACAACUCACUCAAGUGACAGCCAAUGAAACAUUUGUCAAGAGAAAACAUUAUUCCACAAAAGGCAUCGUUCUACAGAUUCUGGCCAUAUUUAUGUGUCUCAUCACUUUCUGGUCACUCACACUGCUGGUCAUGGAGGUCUGUUCGUUCUUUGUGGAGUUGUUCGUCUACACCUUCAUGGGAUUGAUUGUCAACGCUGGAGUUAUCUUUCAGUAUCUGUCACUUCUCUUGUUGGUCCUAUUUUACUGCAAGGACAUUCUGGCUAAAGUACAUAUCAUGUACCUGGACUUUCACAAGGUUGUGCAUAAAGAGUUGUUGGACAUGAUCAGAGACGAAAUGAAUGAAGUGGCCAAGAAGGAAGCAUUAGACCAAGAAAACACAGUUUUUAAUGUCAAAGGUGCAGUAGCCACUUACAGUGGUCAGCUAACAAAACCACAGAUCAUAGUAAAGGAUGGCCGGCCCUAUUGGCACACGAAGGGUAUGCUUGUGUUUCUGGACAGACAGGACACGCCGUGUACCCCGGAGAAAUUCUUCCACAAGACUAUUGACCUCAACUACUACUGCUGCCCUGGGCCGAUCCAUAAGAACGUUGGUAACGCUGUUUUGGAACUCUUCAGGAUCACAUUGUUUCUCCUCUUUGUCGUUUUGGUUGUCAUGGCGUUUGGAAACGUCUACAGCAUCUCGUCAACCAAUCAGCUUUUAGCUACAGUUGUGGGCGGAUUUUUGCCUUACAUGUUUAGCAUAUUUUUCAAAAACAAGAGAGACAGUGAUUACUUUGAGACUAACAGCAUACAGUUUAAAACGGAAUUUCACAAAGCGAUUAACUGUUUUAGCCAGCACUGGCCCGUAUACGACAUAGUGAGUACUGACGUCAAAAUAUUUGAAUAUGCACGUGACGGUGCGUCAGCCAAUGAGGCGCAAGACAGGAACGCCAACACUAAACAGGAAGUCGUUGAAGAUGACGAUCUCGCCGAAUCACUGGACAGCGAGGAAGAAGACGAAGAAGUUACGCUGGAAAAAGAAGUUCCGACGGCGAUGACUUCAAUCAUUAUGGAAGACAACUUUGACGAUGUGGACAUUAUAGUGGACGUGUCCACGCCCAAGACGAGAAAACUGAGUCCACUGGUGACCAAAGGAUUUGAGAAGGGAUCAGAGACAAUGUUGAAUGGUAGCCAGCACAAACAAGAAGACGACAAUACUUCAUUCAUUGAAGUGUAGCACUACAUUUGGAUUUUGGGCAUUGGCAAAGCCUUCGUAGCCAUCCUGACUUUGGUGCGGUUGUUUACACGAUAACAGCGAAGACGCAAUGGGCUGUUUCUUCAGCUGUUUCUAUCAUUCAAUGUCUGAAACUUUAUAUUUGGAGCUAUUUUUAUGAUAUGAUAAUGUGAAUGAGAUAUAAAUAUACUAUAAUGUCUUUAGCGCUAGUGUUUUCGGUUAGGGCCGGGUAGUUAUGAGUGGCUUUUGUGUUUUACUUUGAUACUUAUGACACGUUUGUUAGAUGAUGUGUGAGUGUAUCUGUUUCCGGUGUAUUACCAGACCUUCAGUAAGUCGAGUUCCUCGAUCAGUAGCGAACGUAUCACAAGAUAUAUUGACCCAAAUAACCAACCUAAAUGAAAUGCACAAAUUCAAUACUGUUUAACAACACUACUUGAGUCCAUAGCUCGAUGUUGUCAGCCUUAAGACUUGUCAGCCUAUUCUCUAUUCCUCUAAUACGUCUAUUUACUUCACGUUGUAUGUCGCGUAUAGUGUUGAUCUUGUCUGGUACGUCUCCUAAGUACGUUACAAACUCUUAAACAGACUUGGGCUUUGUUUUAACCCUUGCAGUUGCCGGUCGUUGUCUUGUAGCACCAAGCUGCUGGCGGACAACUAAACCGUUGUAGGAGUAAUAUAUUUUAACUUAUAAUACUUGAAAUGACUUGAAUAACUUUUGUGAAAAAAACAAAAUAAAAAUAAAACUUUUUAUCAUAAUACAAACAAAUCCAACUUAAGAUGAAAUAAAUGUAGAAGACUUUAUUAUUAAUAUAAAUGGUAUUUUAACAAAAUCUAGCUCACUACAAAAAUAUGUCUUUUCAUUUUGGUCAUCUGGGGUCGUCUGGUGUACCCUAGACAUCUUACGACAUUAUGUCGCUUAUCUUGCACCAUUCACACUGCAUAGCACCAGCUGAUCCUCAACUUCUUCUCACGUCACCUUAGAAACACACACACACUCCAUAACAACACAAAAACAGACGUUAGCUUUGUUUUGAGACUGUAACACAUGUGGGCUUUGUUUUGAGACUGUAACACAUGUGGGCUUUGUUUUCAGAAUGUAACACAUGUGGGCUUUGUUUUGAGACUGUAACAGAUGUGGGCUUUGUUUUGAGACUGUAACACAUGUGGGCUUCGUUUUGAGACUGAAACAGAUGUGGGCUUUGCGUUAUGAAAGUUGUAGAACACAAGAGUCUUAGAACAGGUGAAGGGGUGAUUAGAUACGAAACUGAACGAAGUCAAAAUGUUUUUGAAUUAGGCUAAAUAAAAAUAAGGUUACAAAGACAGUUUGUGUGGAAACGCAAACUCAAAAUCGGCCCCCGAAGUGGUCCACCUGGGCAGGUAAAAGGCGGGUUUCAAUAUUUUCAGAAAGAACAUCAGAAUGAGAUUCUAUCCAAGACAUAGGACAGAGAAGAAUGGAGAAACUAGGUUGACAGAUCGUAUAUGGUGCCCCAACGGUCCAGAAGACCAAGAAAUAGGUGAAAUUGAAGGUGGAAUUAGAUGUGAACUUGGCGUAACUAAUGUCUUAUUAUGUCUAAUUGAUCUAAUUGUUUUGUAAAGGGCCAAUCUGUUAUUCAAAUCUUCAAGAAAAAAACAUUUCCAUUAAUUUUUUUCCCCUUUAGCUAAGUGUUUUAUCGCCAUACUGCGACACUAUGGUUCACACAAUAGUAUGAAAAACUACGUAUUAAUUGUUGUUUUAAAUUAUGUCCAACUUAUAUGUAUACUAAAUAGAUUUUUUUUUUCUUAAAAAAAAACUAAACAUUUUUUUAUGUAAAUGUUGUAGAUAUAUGAAAGAACUUACUUAACUUAGCAAUGAAAAUGUAAAAAAAAAAAAAUUGACAAAAAUCUAAAACCGUUUGCAUAAAUGUGUUAAAAAUAUGGUAAACUGCUUGCAUUAGUGAUUUUAAAAAAUUAGAUUUUUCUCUUUCAGAAAAGACAAAAAGUUGCCGUUGCAUCAGAACUUUGAAUGAUCUAAAUUAUUAUGAUGUCGAAUUUUCACUAUCUUUUCUAGUUUACGAAAUCUAAACGGGUCGGACGGUUGGACAAACAGACUGACAUUCCACACAAAAUAUAAUAGCGUCUUUUCCCUUUUUAGGGGACGCUAAAAAUUGGGUAUUAAAAUAUUACGCCAGUUCAAUGGAUAAAAAAAA